AUGGCUGAGCCCACCACCUUCCCGGCCCCCAAGUCCGACCUCACCGUCCUCCUUCUUGGUUCUGGCGGCCGUGAGCAUGCUCUCGCUUUCAAGCUUGCUCAGUCCCCCCGUGUGAAGCGGGUUCUCAUUGCUCCGGGCAACGGAGGCACCUCCAAGCUCGGAGGCAAGAUUGAGAACGUCAACGCUCCCUGGGGCGGAAAGGACGGUUACGAGGGUGUCGUCAAGUUUGCUCAGGACAACAAGGUCGACCUCGUUGUCCCCGGUCCCGAGCAGCCGCUCGUCGACGGCGCCGAGCGCGAGUUCCGCAAGGUCGGCAUCCCCGUCUUCGGUCCUUCCCCGGCUGCCGCCAUGCUCGAGGGAUCCAAGGCGCUCUCCAAGGAGUUCAUGCAGCGCCACAACAUCCCCACGGCGCAGUUCCGCAACUUCAACGCCUCGCAGUACGACGACGCCGUUGCGUACAUCAAGUCGAACCCCUUCUCGUCUGGCCGUUGCGUCAUCAAGGCCUCUGGUCUUGCUGCCGGCAAGGGUGUCCUGAUCCCGACCAACAACGAGGAGGCUCUCGCUGCCCUCAAGUCGGUCAUGGUCGACAAGGAGUUCGGCUCGGCCGGUGACGAGGUCGUUAUUGAGGAGUACCUUGAGGGCCCCGAGAUUUCGGUCCUCGCCUUCUCCGACGGAUACACUGUCGUUCCGAUGCCCGCCGCUCAGGACCACAAGCGUAUUGGCGAGGGCGACACUGGCCUCAACACUGGUGGCAUGGGUGCUUACGCCCCUGCCCCCGCCGCCACCGCCGAGGUCAUGGAGCGCGUUCUCAAGGAGUCGCUCGAGCCGACUAUCCGCGGCAUGCGCCAGGACGGCUACCCCUUCGUCGGCAUGCUCUUCACCGGCUUCAUGCUUACUGCCGAUGGUCCCAAGGUCCUCGAGUACAACGUCCGCUUUGGUGACCCUGAGACUCAGGCCCUCAUGCUCCUCCUCGACGACGAGACCGACCUCGCCGAGGUCAUGCUCGCGUGCACCCAGGGCCGCCUCGACUCUGUCAAGCUCGGCUACCGCGACGGCUACGCCGUUUCCGUCGUCUGCGCGUCCAAGGGCUACCCCGGCUCGUACCCCAAGGGUGACGUCAUGACGUUCGGCGAGACGCCCAACGGUGUCGAGGUCUUCCACGCUGGUACCGCUGAGAAGGACGGCCAGAUUGUCACUGCCGGUGGCCGUGUCGUCGCUGUCGCCGCCUUUGCCCCUACUCUCCGUGGCGCCGUCGACCUCGCCUACGCUGGUGUCGAGAAGGUCAACUUCGAGGGCAAGACCAUCCGUCGCGACAUUGCUUACCGCGCCCUCCGUGCCGACGGUGUCCAGUCGUCGGCCAAGCCCGCCGAGGGCCUCACCUACGCCGCGGCCGGUGUCGAUGUUGACGCCGGUAACGCGCUCGUUGACGCCAUCAAGCCUGUCGUCAAGGCCACCCGUCGCCCGGGUGCCAACGGUGAGAUCGGUGGCUUCGGUGGUGCGUUCGACCUCAAGUCGGCUGGCUUCCGCGACCCCGUUCUCGUUUCCGGAACCGACGGUGUCGGAACCAAGCUCCGCGUUGCCCUCAACCACGGCAAGCACAACACUGUCGGCAUCGACCUCGUCGCCAUGAGCGUCAACGACCUGAUCGUCCAAGGUGCCGAGCCGCUGUACUUCCUCGACUACUAUGCGUGCUCUAAGCUCGACGUCCCCGUCGCCGCCGACGUCAUCACCGGUAUUGCGCAGGGCUGUCUCGAGGCCGGCUGUGCCCUCAUCGGUGGCGAGACCGCCGAGAUGCCGGGCAUGUACCACGGCGACGACUACGACCUUGCCGGUUUCGCCGUCGGAGCCGUUGAGCGCGACCAGAUGCUCCCCACGAAGGACAUGGGUGCCGGCGACGUUCUGAUCGGUCUCCCCUCCUCGGGCGCGCACUCGAACGGCUUCUCGCUCAUCCGCAAGAUCUGCUCCCUCUCCGGCCUCGACCUCAAGAGCCCCGCUCCGUGGGACGAGACGCAGUCUGUCGGCGACGCCCUCCUGACCCCGACAAGGCUGUACAUCAAGCAGCUCCUCCCCGGCAUCCGCACCGGCCUCUUCAAGGGCAUGUCGCACAUCACCGGCGGCGGUUUCACGGAGAACAUCCCCCGUGUCUUUGUCGAGCAGCCCGACCUCGGCGUCACCAUCGACCUCAAGACCUGGGAGCUCCCCGCCAUGUGGCGCUGGCUCAUGAAGACGGGCAACGUCGCCCCCGCCGAGAUGGCGCGCACCUUCAACUGCGGUGUGGGCAUGGUCAUCAUCGUCGGUGCCGACAAGGCCGACGCCGCCCUCAAGUCGCUCCACGAGAACGGCGAGCCCAAGGCCUUCGUCAUGGGCAAGGUCGUCAGCAAGCCCGGCGUCCAGUACGAGGGCAUGGAGACUUGGUCCCAGUAA